UUAUAUCCUACGACGAUUUGUGGAUACAUGCGAGUUCAUGAUCCUGAUUCCUGUCGCCAAGAACGAAAUAGUUGGCAUUUUACUGGAGUCGGAGAUACAUUUGUUUCGCUGUCGACUCGUUGCACGCAAGGUACUAGCAAGAGUAGAUGUUUAUCUACUCUUGGUACUAGUAGUGGCAGUGAGGCCAAAGCAGUAGGAUUGGAAGCAUCAGUAUGCAUGUGCUUGCGUGAAUCGAAUUCUCCCCUCUGGUUGUCCCUGUUACCAGUUUACCAGGCCACUUGAAGCAGUUUUGUAGAAUCUCUUUGCCCAGUCAUGGACUGCUCUGAAAGCCGGCUGUGCUGUUUGCAAGUGGAAGUGUGCCAGUCUUCAAACAGCACGGCACGUUCGUCGGCAGUGGAGGACCGCGUGCGUCUGUUCUUGCAGGACAGCAACAAGACGAUAUUCGGCGACGUUCUUCUCACCGAGUUCCCCGACGACUUCCUCGCGCGCCACGUCCAGUCGGUGUCCAUAUGCGACACUGAUCUUACGCUGAGUGGCGGCGCUAGCGGCAGUAGUAGUAGUCGCAGCACCGUGUGCUUGGCGCAAGCUCAGCUCGACAUCCACGUGUUUCAGCUGCACCAGGACGAAGACGGACCGGCGGCGGAGACGAUCGACGACCAGGAAGAAGAGAUUUCUGCCGCCGGUCACUGGCUACUGCCAUCCACUGAGUUCCAAGGACUGUGGGAGAACCUCAUUUACGAUGUCAACGUCAAGGAAAAGCUGUUGCAGUACGCUACAACAACGCUGCUCUUCUCCGACCACAAUGUGGAUUGCAAUGUGGUCUCGUGGAAUCGCGUCAUCCUGCUUCAUGGACCGCCUGGCACGGGAAAAACCUCUCUCUGCAAAGCACUCGCACAAAAGCUUUGCAUUCGCUUCUCUAAAAGAUAUACGUACGGGCAGCUUGUUGAGAUCAAUAGCCAUGGUCUGUUUUCAAAGUGGUUCUCCGAGAGUGGCAAGCUGGUGCAGAAGAUGUUUGAUAAGAUACAGGAGUUGAUUGACGAUCCCGAUGCACUGGUCUGCGUUCUUAUCGACGAGGUGGAAAGUCUCACAAUGGCGCGCAAAGCUGCAAUGUCCGGCAGCGAACCAUCGGAUUCUAUUCGAGUAGUAAACGCUCUCCUCACUCAGAUUGACCGCAUCAAGAGGCACAGUAACGUGAUCAUAUUAACAACGUCGAACAUGACGGGUGCAAUAGAUCUUGCCUUUGUGGAUCGAGCUGAUAUCAAGCAGUACAUUGGGCUGCCGACACCGCCGGCCAUAUACCGCAUCUACCAGUCUUGCUUGGCGGAACUCAUGCGCACUGGCAUCAUAGCACCACCUCAGCAGCUCCUGGGCAUGAGAGAUCUGGAGGUGUUGAAGUUUGUGGAGAACGACGCCACGCGGCACAGUCUCAAGCUGUUCGAAUUGUCCAAGCGCAGUGAAGGUCUCAGUGGACGCACCCUACGCAAGCUGCCGUUCCUGGCACAUGUCAACUCCAUGUCGAACCAAGCCGUGUCUCUGGACGUGUUCAUGGAGGCCCUGUCCAUGACCAUAACGCGUCAGUUUGAAGAACGCAGCGACAUGCAACGAACGUCCGCCGACAGCUGAGGCCAGUCAGGGAGGGGUCAACCGUGACACUUCGGAACAUCCACGCGCCGCUUGAUGAUGCCUGGCGCAACGGAGCGCUUGCUCGACAAAACUACCACUCCGGCAACUUAAUAUUGCCGCAAGACUCGCAAUGCUGCUAGGAGAUGUAUGCACAAGCCUGUGUUGGUAUGGCCACAGCUGCUCUGGUGGUUCUAUGGUCAGGAGUAAUCAUACUAGUGACUAGCCCUGAUAUGUACAUGACUACUGUACAUGUACAAUGUACCUAUAGAUGCAAUUAGAGCUUGCCGUUGACCCAGAGAGUGGCUGGUCUUCUCUCGUGUGUGUGCUCGCUGCUGAACUGUAUAGUGACUUGCCUACACGUGUGCAUACAUGUAUUUAUACGGAAACACACGGGAUUGUGCAUGUAGUUAUGCAUGAUUGCAAUUGCACAUCUGAGGGAGAGGAGAUAUACCCGGUACAUGUGCAUUGCACCAAGAGUACAUAACCCCUCUGGAUUGUACCCAUAUUGUACCCCCCCCCCCCUACCCCAAUGCCCAGUGUACUAUUGUAGUACCACUGCGUACCGGUGGUGAUUGUGCCAGAUCAAUACUUGGUGUUUAUCGUGGUGUUUACGUAUACUUCGAAGUACUCACGGUGUUUCUAUUCUGCCGCCUGCCUGCA